UUGAUUUUUUCGGCAAAAUUUUCUUAAUUUUUUCGAGUUUUUAAAUAUUUUUAGAAAUUAACAGCUUCUGUGAGGCUUGAAAAUUAUCAAAUAAAGCAUUCAGAACGUUUGAUAUGUAAAUAAAAAUUAAUUAAAAUUAAUAAUUCGUAUAAAAAUCGAUCAUUGAAUCAAUUGUUCUUCACUCUCGAGACUUUUAAGACAGAUCUUCAGGUAAAGAAAAUUCAUUAAAAUCGUUAACCAUGAACACUUUUCUCAAAGAAUCAAAAAAAUUCGCAUCACUUUUGGAACCAACAUUGGUAGUUUUGGGAAAUGAAGCCUGCGACUUGGAUUCUGCAGUUUCAGCUAUCGCCCUUGCUUAUUUUUUACAUCGCAUCGGAAGACAUGCACCUCGAAACGUAAUCCCUGUGUUAAAUAUUCCUCGAAAAGAGUUGCCUCUAAAGACAGAAGUCACAUAUUUCCUUCAAAAAAAGUCCCUUGACUUGGAAAAUCUCGUCUGCAACGACGAAAUUCGCUUAAACGAGUUAAAAGAAGCCCAAAAACUCUCAACUGUACUCGUCGAUCACAAUUUCAACACCAAAUUUGGUCAUUUAGCUGUUCAAGUACUCGAUCAUCAUCAAUUCGAUCCAAACUCAAAUCUACCUGAGACUUGCGAGAAACGUAUUGAACUUGUUGGAUCUUGUGCUUCAAUCGUCGCUGAUCACAUUUUCGAAUCAACCGAAGGGGAUUUGGAAUCUUUAUCGCUCUUGUAUGCCGCCAUCGUCUUGGAUACUGUGAAUUUUUCGAAAGACGCUGACAAGGCACGAGAACUUGACUUCCGAAUGGCUGAAAAAAUCGAAAAAUUAUUAAACAUCAAAAAUAUCGAGCAACAUCGCGUUGAAUUGAUGGAAGAACUUAUAAAAGCCCGAAGUGACGUUUCUUCAUUGAAUGCCGCUCAAAUUCUGUACAAAGAUCUCAAAAUAAUAAAAAAUCCCGCGGGAAAUAAAAUUAUAGCAAUUCCGGGAUUUCCAAUUUCCGUCGAAGAUUUCGUAAAAAAGGAAAAUUCUGAGGAAAAGUUGCGAGAAUUUGCUGAAGAGAACAAUUGUGAUGUCAUUUUAUUGAUGGGUUUGAAAAUAAUUGACGGCGUUAUUCAUCGCGAUUUGGGUUUAAUUAACAUAAGAGACGAAAAAUUGUUUGAAAAGGUAUCAGAAGCCCUUCAAAAUUACAAUCCAUCACUCCAAUUAGAAGCAAGAAGCAAUAUUUCCUUCAUGUCGGGUCAAUUUUUCAAACAAUUGAACCUAAAAGCAUCACGAAAACAAAUUCUACCGUUGACAAAAGCAGUUCUCGAUACAUUUUAA